CUGAUAAUGAAAGAAAAACAAGAAAUGGGAUUUUCCAACUUUCUGUUUUAAAACAAGGAACUGGCAUUUAAUUAAAAAAAUGUCACAAAUUCCCGAUUACACACAUAAUGUGUCUCUGAGACUGUCUCAAGUGCUUGAUGAGAUUGGAGUGGAUGAGAGAAUAGUGUUGAAGAGAAGAAGACUACAAUUACUGAAUGAGUCUUUACGAACAAUAACACAACAAUUAAUGAAUGUAAAUAAUUCUUUGUAUUUCUUUGGCAGUAAAACAGAAAGUACAACAACACCGGGACUUCAGUCAGACUUUGACUGUCUUUACAGUAUCAAUGAUUUUAAUAUAAUAACAGACUGGAGUGAAUGGGAACCUGGUGUAACAAAUUUCUUGAUGAUCCAGGAUGAAACUGUGUCACCUGGAUACUGUUUGUUACAGCAUCUGAGAGAUGAUGCUCCUCUUCCGUACAAUGAUGUAGCGAAUGAACAUUAUUACAGAGAUAGGAGAGGAAGAAUACUGCUGAAGAAUACACUCAUCAAUGCUGCUUACGAAGAAGGAGAUGUGAGACAUGGUCCAGCACAUACAGUACAAGGAGUACUUGGACAUAGUGAUUCAGACUUAGUAUUUGCACUUUCCUGUAAAUCCUGGCCUGUACAAGCAAUCCAAUGGUUAGAUCAGCAAGGUGUUGGAGGAUGGCCUUCAGAAGAAAUGAAAAGAUACUGCAGCAGCACUGGAUGUUUCGCUGUAGGUGUUGGAAACAAAGGCAGUGAAAAUGAAGAACUUGAAUGGAGAAUAUCUACUUCGCUAGCUGAGAGAUGUCUUAUGUUUAAUUUAAACAUUACACAAAUCAGAUGUUAUGUUCUGAUGAAAAUGAUUUUAAAAACCUUCAUCAGUUCACAGUAUCCAGAAAGCAUUUCCAGUUUCAUGUGUAAAACAGUGUUACUUCAUUGUAUUGCUAACACACAAUCUAUUGCCUGGAGGGAAAACACCUUGCUAACAUGCCUCACACUUUGUUUAUUAAGACUUUACGACUGUGUUUUAAAUGAAGUUUGUCCACACUUCAUCAUCCCAGACAACAAUUUAAUGGCAGAACGUUUUUUACCUCACAUUAAGCCCUUCAUACUUGACACACUUCAGUAUGUGGCUAGUAGUAAUGGAAGGGCAUUACUUGAGAUUGACUGUGAUGAUUUUGGCUUGAGACUUCAAAUAAAGAACAAUGGUAUGUGUAUAACAGAUCCACAAUGCAUAUCAACCCUUAUUUCAGGACAAAUAUUUAAAAAUAUUGCUACAGAAGUAACAGACCAAAACAAAUUACUUUCUCAAACAACCAAUGGCUGUAGCAUACCAGAAGUACUGCAGCUGUUAUCAACAUACAUGUUCAGACUGAACAACAAGUACUUAAAUGCCAACCAAAAACAAGAAAAAAUAGCCUGUUGUGUUAUUGCACAGCAGAUAUGUAAAACUCUAGGAUCUGUUCUGGCAUCCUCAAACAUUUAUCUUCAAGGCAGAGUAACGAUGGAGGCUCUCACUUGGUUGUUAUAUGGACUGAACUCUGAUGUUUCAUCUGGUAAACUGAAACUAGCAUCAAUCUUUUACUGCAUGGAAGAUACUGAAAGAACAAACAUGAUCCUGAAAGACACUGAAGAAUGCUAUGAUCUCAGUGUGGUGGAACCUGUAUGUGGCUGCUAUCUUUAUGAACAUCAAGUCAGUAGAAGUGCAUUUAACAGGUUAUCUUUUCAACAAAAUGAAGAUGCCCUAGUGAAACAUAUAUCUGCAUUCUGUGUCAUAUUUUUGCCAUGUGAAAUAAACUGCUGUCCCUAUGAGCUGCAACACGAAAUGUUUCGAUCCACACAGGAAGACUUAGCUUGCAGAAGUAAAGAGGACUACUGGAUGGACUGGGCUGUAGUGGACUCUCUUCCAUAUCUCUAUUUUCUACAAUAUAAGACAUGUAACAGUUUAAGAAGACACAGAGAAAAACAAAGAGCAUUAUCUAAUCUUGUAAGGACCAUUGAUGAGGAAGCAAACCUCGGACACAGAGAAACAGCUCUGAACCUACUUGGACAGUGCAUGGAACAAGAGAACAGACGUACUGAUGCUUUAAGGUGCUACCUGUUGUCUCUUCAGAUACGGGGAAGAAACAAUGCUGCAAAGUUUCAUAUUUGUAGACUUUUAAGCACACUGAUAAAUCAUUAGCUGAGGUUAAAACUCUUCUUCAAUGGCAAACCAAACAUUUUGGAAACAAUUCCCAACUUUCCUGAAUCACAGUGGUGCAAAGUACACUCAGGAUAUAUUAUGGUUGUGUGAAGUAUACAUGGUAUAUAUUGGUGGUAAAAUAUACAUCAGAUAUAGCCCAAAAGGGAUAUAUAAACAAACAUAUUUGUCAUUAUUUUUCUCCAGAUAAGACCUAUCUGUAUAAAUGUUUAUCUACAAUAUCCACAAAUGAAACAUAUAUUUAGUACCUAAUAGCUGAAUGAUAAUUCAGCCUAUGGUGCACUGUUUAAUGUUAACAAGAUAGUAAACCGUGAAAUAUU